AUGUCGACCGACGCAGAUGACCUACUUAACGAUUUUGGAGACUCAGGAGAUGAGGGCGAAGAGGAGAACAACGAUGGCCUCAUCCGGGAUCAAGAGGCAAGUGGCGAUCGCGAUCGCGAUGCCAUGGAACUAGAUGGGGAAGCCGAAGCAAAGAACGACGAUGACCCCGAUGCCGAUUUGAACGACAGAGACGACUCCGAGGCGACAAAGGUCAAGGUCGAGAAGAUGCAGCUUGGAGGAGUCAAAGACGUUCGAAGCGUGGCCAGUCUGAUGCAAACGUUGGAACCAGUUCUUGAGGUUAGUACAUAUAUCCCCAUAUCUUUUCUUGACGGUCGCAUCAUGAUGAACGAUUCGUUUACAUCAGUUAUUUUACGGAACAGUCCUGACGUAUUGCCUCGAACGCUACAGAAAAUCGCACAUUUUCGAUCGCAAGCCGCGACGCAAAACACCAUCCAAGGAAAUAUCGAAGAUCACCCCGAAUAUCAUCUCCUGACACAGUCCAACAGCUUAUCGACCCAGAUCGAUGGAGAAGUUGCCCUCGUCCAUAAAUUCAUCCGUGAUCAUUACUCAACACGAUUCCCCGAGCUCGAACGACUGGUCACGACACCACUAGAAUAUGCCAAGGUCGUCGCCAUCAUAGGAAAUGGGCCUUUGGACUCGGAGAGCAUCAAAGCACUGCAGACUUCGACCGACAAUCCUCUGGGAAUAACUCUCAAGUCUGUUCUCGAUGGACCCUCGCUCAUGAUUGUGACGGUCGAAGCCACGACGUCUAAAGGUCAUGAAAUGACUUCAGAGGAGCUUCAGCGCGUCUACAGAGCGUGUGAGAUGACUAUAUCUCUAAAUAACGCCAAGCAAACGUUGGCAGAAUACGUCCAGUCGCGCAUGAACAUCUUUGCGCCUAAUUUGACCGCUCUCAUCGGUUCCCUUACUGCUGCCCAGCUUCUCAACGCAGCAGGCGGACUCACGGGUCUCUCAAAGACGCCUGCCUGCAAUAUCGCCAGUUGGGGCUCCAAGAGGAAGCACUCAGGAAUGGCUACAAAUAUCGGCGUUCGACAACAGGGUUACCUCUACAACUCAGAAAUGAUCCGAGCCAUUCCUAGCGACCUGAGGAAGCAGGCCUUGAGAGUUGUGGCAGCUAAGCUAGUCUUGGCUGCCCGGGUCGAUCGUAUACAUUCGAGCCCGGACGGGUCUACAGGAGAGGAGCUUAAGUCAGCGUGUCUCGAGCGCCUUGAGAAGUUGACAGAACCACCGCCCAACAAGGGUCAGCGUGCGCUUCCAGUCCCAGACGAUAAGCCAUCCCGCAAGCGAGGUGGACGACGUGCCCGCAAGGCAAAGGAGGCACUCGCUAUGACCGACCUUCGUAAGCAACAGAACCGCUUGGCUUUUGGCAAGGAGGAGAAGGAAGUCGGUUAUGGACUUGGCGAGGGGACUGUUGGUAUGGGCAUGAUCGGACAGUCCAAUGACGGUCGUAUCCGAAGUACUCAGAUCGACCAGCGUACCCGAGCAAAAGUCAGUGCCAAAAACAAGGGCUGGGGCGGAAACAGCACCGUUGGUGGUGCUGCCUCGUCUAUCGGUGGUUUUGGCCAAGCAUCCAACAUUGAUCUACGGGGUCGCGGACUGCGGGCAACCGGCGUCGGCAGCACGGUUGGAUCAGGGACCGGUACAUCGUCAUCUCUGGCAUUUACCGCUGUGCAGGGUCUGGAACUCGUUGAUCCUAAGACGCAGGCCGAGCUUAGCAAGAAGCGCAAAGCUGAGGAGGACAGAUGGUUCAAAGGCGGUACAUUCACGCAAGUUGGGGGAUCAUCGAGCGGUAAUGGCUUCAAGGUACCAGAGCUUCCGGCAGCCAAGCGAGUCGAUACAGGUUCGACCAAAACAGGUUCCUCAGCAUAG